GGCGAAAAACUCGCGAGAUAUCAUUUCCAACAGACAAAUUCCUGCAAACGAAGGGCGAUGUUGCUCUGAUGGCGGAUGAUUCUGACGACGAAAAACAAGGAACGAGAAUUGUGAGUAAUCAACCUUAUGAUGAAUCCUUAGAAGUUCCUGACGCUGAAGAAGUUGCAUCACUCUACACUCCCAGCCCUCGGCAGCCAGGCGCACUGCCAGGUCAGAAUAGAGGCAUCUCACCAGCCAUGACAGAACAGAGCGAUGACUUUGAGACUGGGCCAAUGGAGAAUAAGUCGCCUGAUGAUAUAGGAGAGAAUACAAAUAUGGAGCCCAUUUCCCAAGCGCAGCAGCCAAUAGCUUUACAAAGACCUGAAGCUUCUGAUGAUGACGACGACGACGAUGAUGAUGACGACGAUGAUGAUGAUGAUGAUGACUCGGGAUCAAGUGAUGAUGAUGAGGAUGAAGAGGACAAUGCAGGGUCUAGGUUAGAAGGUGCAUACGAUCCUGCUGAAUAUGAGAACCUAGCCGUUACAUCAGAGAUCAAGGAAUUAUUUCAGUAUAUUACCAGAUAUACACCACAGACUAUUGAAUUAGAUCAUAAACUCAAGCCAUUCAUUCCAGAUUACAUCCCAGCUGUGGGUGAUAUUGAUGCAUUUAUCAAGAUCCCAAGACCUGAUGGUGAAGAAGAGUCUCUUGGUCUUACUGUUCUGGAUGAACCCUGCGCCAAACAAUCUGAUCCUACAGUACUUGAUCUUCAGCUUAGAGCUAUCUCUAAACAAACUACAAGCAAAGCUAUGCAGGUUCGUAGUAUCCAGGAAGCAAGCAAGAACCCAAAGCUAAUCAAUAACUGGAUGGAUAGCAUUAGUGAUUUACACAGGUCUAAACCACCACCAACGGUGCAUUAUACUAAGACUAUGCCAGAGAUUGAUGACUUGAUGCAGGAGUGGCCUGCUGACUUUGAGGAACUCUUAAAGACUGUUGGAUUACCUACUGCUGAUAUUGAUUGUGAUCUGAGUCAGUAUGUUGACAUGAUCUGUUCCAUCCUAGAUAUCCCUGUCUAUCAAAGCAAGAUCCAAGCUCUUCAUGUGCUCUUUACGCUCUACUCGGAAUUUAAGAACUCUCAGCAUUUCCAGAGUUUAGCGGAAGAGAACAAGCUUGAUAAUGCUCUGAAAGGAGGUACAGAAGAAGAUGAACCUGAUAGAUUAGUACUAUGAUACAAUACAUCAGGGGACUGUUUCACAAAGCGUAGAGUUUGAUUAUUUAGCUGGUUUUUACCCUUGAUCGCAUUGAUUAUUAUGUGUAAAUCAAGUGUAUAAAUCAAAUAUAUGAUCAAUCUCAAAGCUUUAUGUAACAGACCCCAGGAGACUGCUUCACAAUAGAUUAGGUGUGGUGAAGAGUUAAAUUAACCCAUCACUUCAUUGGCCUACAAGGAGUGCACACAAAUGUGUAUUUGGAUGAUUCCUGAAAUUUAGGGAUUGGGGGAAAUUUAUUACCUUUUUGGUGUCACUUUUUUGUAAGAAAUUUUGAGCUUUUGCGGUCAUCAAAAUUGUCUUGAACCUAUGAUAAAUCUAUCAUAAAUCUAGAAUGAAUUCUCAUUUAAGAUACAUUAGUAAACAAACACAUACUGUUCAAUUCAGUUGACUAACAUGUAUUGAGCAGUAUGUGUUUUUUACUAAUGUAUCUUAAAUGAGAAUUCAUUCUAGAUUUAUGAUAGUUUAGAUGGCAUAUCAUUCAAAGUUCCUUAUGCUAUCUGGACAUUAACAACUUGGUACCAAAUUUAGAUUUCCUAUCUAUCAUGUGUGCAUUGGCUUCAUCACACUUAAUCUUUGUGAUCCACAUCUACAGUCAUCUGCAAGACAAGAGGUCAAGGAUGGAGGUGUUUAUAUGUAUAAAAUAUAACUUAAUGUAUUCAAAUAAAUAGUUUUGUUCUCUGUGUGUAAUAUUUUUAUUUUGUUUCAUCACUUAUAAAAAUAUAAUUAUGAAAAGUAUGAAUAAUUUGUCAAUGCAUUGACAGGUCUGCACAGUAGCUUUUAAACUUUGAUUUACCAUUGAUAACAAACUUCUACAACUUAAUUUACCCACAAGUGUAAAUUUUGCAUUAAUGUCAAAUCCAAAUCUGUGAAAUGAAUUUAAGCUAAGAGGCUUUCAGUACUUAUGUUUUAAUGGCAGGGCUCUGCAAUCAAUUGCUGAAUACCAAUGACCAAUCAAGAUCAUCGUUGCAUGCACACUCUGUUUAAAAUACUGAUCGGGAACCAAUCCGUGUGGUUCUUUCUUAUUUGCAAUUCAUCAGAGUCUUUGUGUUACUGAGUCCAGAUCUCAAAUGUAUUGCAAAUAAUACCUAUCACUCCCUUGGGUAGAAUUGUCAAUGAGAGAAAGUAAUCAUGGAUCAGCUAUUUUGGAUGAAUAUAAACCAAAUCAAAUUAUUCGUUGGAUGAGAUGUGCAUGACUUGAAAUUGAGUAUUUGAAUAUGAAAAUGACCCAAGUCCAUUUUUUUUUCAAAAUUGAGUUAAAUAUGGGAAAUUGUUUCUUAUACAAUGACUCAACUUUUGAAUAAAAGAUACAUCUGAAAUCAUCUCAGAAAUGCCUUAAAUGAAGGGGGAAAAUCUGGUGUGAGUGUAAGAAAAGCCCAAGUCCAGGACAUGUGGUUUUUUUACAUUCAUAUCAUAGCUCUCAUUACUUCUACUACUUACUAUACUAUCAUGUAUAUGAAUGUAAGAAUGAUCAAAGUCCAUACUAUUCUAAAAACGACCCAAGUCCACCAGACAAAAGGCCCUGCCCACAAGUAACAUGAAUAUUAAUGCUCAUAAAAAAUGUACACUCAAAUUUGUUUUAUGAUGUACUCCGAUGUCUUUGGCCAAAUAUACUUGGCCCAAAUUCAAAAUAUCCAUUUUUUUUGCUUUUCUCAAAUGGCCUCUUAUGGACUUGGGCCUUUUUUAUAUUCAUAUACUCAAUUAUAUUCAUUGCAUUUUUACAAUUAAUUUGAUAUAUGUAAUUUGAUUAUUCUUUUUUUGUACCAUCUGCAUGAGAAUAUAACAUCCCAAUUGAUAUCAAUUAUCUUGUCUGUAUAAACUUUUUCAAUCAUCUUUUUUUUCUGACAAGGAAAACAAAUAUUUCUUGAAUAUGGUAAGCUCGUCUUAAGAGUUGUUCUUUGACAUGUCUGGUGUGUAUUGCUGGUCAUGACUCUUUCAUGAUUUCUUUCUGGAAUAGUGCUUGAUGUAAAAUAAAACAUAAAUCUACC